GCACUGUCAACCUUCGAAGCCGGUGACAUUCUAUGACGUAUCUCGGCACAGUAUUUCGAAAACCUACUGCACAAAAUUCAAUGGACACAAAGUGCCGAGUGCUAGAACAUUUCCAAAAGCAUUACAAGAAAAUUUUCGUAAUUUUUUCCACCGCCAUAGCAGUGUAUUUCGUACAUAAGUUCGUGAUGAAAAAAAUGUUCGGCAAGAGGACAGCUGGGAAAAGGGAGCCUUUGAAAGACUUUCCUAGUAUAGACGAUAUACAGAAGUUUAUAGAAGAACUGCCUUUUGAUGCAGUCAAAAUGGAUAAGACUGUAACGUUAAAGGAUCUCCUUGGGGAGUUAUCAGAAUUUAGUGAAGAUGAAGAAUGGAAAGAGCUGAUUGCCAGCGUACACAGUUUGUAUCAAGAAUCACCAAGGAUAAAUAAAGGAGAUAAUAUGGUACAACGGAUAUAGACCGUACUUACUGGCUUCAAAUGGUCUACACCUGACGAAAGGAUCUCCAGUCAUGUCCCUUGGGCACGAGCACACAGGCGUUAGUCCCCUUAACUCGCAGUUCGCUCCUACUCCACAAGCACCUUCGCAGGGACUCUUGCAGAUGCCGUAGAAACAAGCUGGCUUGUGGCUUGGACAGUCCUUAUCGCCGUAGCAUUCUGGCUGGCAGGACGAGUACGGGUUGCCGAAAUAGUUCUGGAAAAGAUUGGAGUGUACAAAAAGUAUGCAAAGCUCUCUAAUGUCAUUUGUCAAAAUGGAAAGUACUAAUAUACA